AUGAUCUUUUUACAGCAUCUCAACAAGAAAUCUGGUAAAUGUGAGAGGAAGAAUCAAGACAGAGUUCCUGUUUCUUCCUUGUCUGGCAACAAUAAACCAAUGCAUGGAGCACAAGGUCUAGAACCACCGGCCAUGGAAAUCUCUGCGGCAUUGUUAGACAAUGUGUUAGAUAAAGUAAAACAGGAAGUGAAAUCAGUGGAGAAAAAACAACAGGAACAAACAGAAAGGGGAUAUGUCCUUCAAGCACAAAUGGAAGAAUUCUUUAAGGCCAAUAGAGAAAUGCAAGAGAAAUUAAAGGAGCAAACAGAGAAGAACAGAAUGGAACAAGUUGAAAAGGAACAGAGAGAACACAUGGAACAGUUGAUAAAAGAAAGGGAACAUGUCCAGAAACUGGAAAGGAAACAAACAAGAAUAGAAGAAGAAAUAGUCAGAAAACAAAUGGAGGAUAAUA